GGAGAGGAGGGGGGGGGAUCACAAGACAAGCAGAGACACGGAGGGAGCUGAUGUACAGCAAAAGGCCGCAUUGCUAGCUUUUUUUUCCCCCGUGCAAUCCUUGUGCAACAAUGUGCAACACGCAGCGGCGGGAGUGCACCCGCGUUUCUGCACAUUAGCGCUCCGUUUCCGACCGGGAAGGACUCUGUUUACGCAUCGGCCCCCCCACCUUUUUUUUCCUCUUGACUUUACAGCGAGGAGGGGGGUGAAGGGGAAAAAGUACCAGUGAGUGAGGUCAGCAGCAUAGCAUGAGUCAACCUUGGGGAUGUAUGCAGUCAUCAUCGCGGGUCUGUAUGGCGCGGGCCUGCUGCCGCUGCUGGCCGCACAGAGCUGCGAUCCUGCGGGGCUGAGCUGCCGCGAGUAGCAGCUUUCCUCACAGGUGUUGCCCAUGAAUGAGAAAAACACACGGACUUCUUCAGAUCUGCUCACCCCAGGCCGCCGACCUCUGAGGGGGUCACGAAGGAGGGGAAAAGAUUAUCUCGGCUGACCUUACUGCUGAUGUCAGUGUAGUUUCACAGCUUUAUUUCGCUGAUUUUUGGAGUGUGAUCCAGUGGAGCAUUUAUAGCUGGUGUGGCUGAAGAUACCCAACUGGCUCGGCUUAUUCAUGCCCGUCAUGAGUGUACCAGCCCAGCAGAAAGCCAGCGCCAAAAGAACAGGCAAACGUAUCACGUUUUUCAACGAACAAAGCAUAGCAAUGAAAGAGGGGUCUCAGCACCCUGAGGGGUCCUACUAUGUCCCCGGUAGCACCGCCUCAGACCCCGGACAAAGUGAGGCGGCGAGUACCGUCACCUCUAAUCCUGAGGCUCCUCACAUGUACCUGAACUCUGUCAUCUUCAGCCCAGAUAAGGGCGACCAGAGCCGGGGUCAUUAUCAGCAGACUGUGCCGAUGAAAUGGGCUCAUCAGGAGCCCAGUCAGCAGCAGCCGUCUCUGUCCCAGCAGCAGAGAGCCGCCACCUGGAAUACCAUGAGUAACUGGGGACAAAACUUUGCUAAUUACAUCGGAGGAGUAACAGACUCAAGGACGCAGAAUGCAUUUGUGAAGUCGAUGCACGAAGCUGCAAGCUUACAGGUGCAUCAGCAGCCUGCUAACAGAGCUGCAGAGAAGCAGCCUCUGGGGCCCACAGUUGAGGCAUACAGGGAUGCUGUUAAAGCUCGGGGGCUGGAUUGGGAACAGCAGCAGCAACAGCAAUCCCAGGCUUUCCAGGAGACCUUGAAACCUGGAGCGCUAAACACCCAACAGCACAGCACAUCCCACCCAGGAGGGAGCUCCGUCUUGCAGCCGUUCCAGUUGGCUUUUGGACAGCCCAAGCAGCACCUGCCGGCUUACUACCAGACCUUUCAAGGCAACAGGACAACCCUCCCGAACCCCCCCAACUAUUCAACACAAGCCAAACCCGCUCACCAGUUGCAGCAGCUGCAGAAGCAAGAGCAAAUACAGCGCCAGCAACAGCAACAGCAACAUCACAUAAUCCAGCAGCAAAUUCAGCAGCAGCACCAUCAACAAAUGCAGCAGCAACAGAUCAUUCAGCAUCAACAGCACGUACAGCAACAGCUCCAGCAGCAGCAGCAGCAGCAGCAGCAGCAGCAACAAAUACAGCACGAGCAGCAGCAACAAAAGAUACAACAGCUCCAGAUUCAGCAGCAAAUGCAACAUCAGCAGUUGCAACAACAAAACCCUCAUGUGCUUGACUAUUACCCCGGCGCACAAAAUGCGCACCCUCACCCGCACCCACAGCCCGUGGUGGUACACUCCCAGGAGUCCUCUGCUCCGGCUCCCCCAAAAAUCCAGGAACCAAUUAUCCAAGACAUCACCCCAGAACCCCAGCAGCCAUCAGAUCCGCUGCCGCUGCCGCCCCCUCUCCAGUCUGAGCCCCAGUCCCAACAACAGACACAGUCCCAAACGCAGCUCCGCAGGUCACGGCGGCUCUCGAAGGAAGGCGGGGCACCAUCAGAGAACCCUUUUCUCUCUGCCUCUGCAGAUCAGGCUGCCCCAGGGCCGCAGGGCUCCCAGAACGGGGCCCGUGACAUCCAGGCAGCCCCGACGGGCGUUAUUCAGAGCACGCGGAGGAAACGCAGGGUGUCCCAGGAGGUCAACCUGGAGACCCUCGCUCAGAAGGCCUCGGAAAUGGAGUCUCUGCCAUCACACGUUGUAAAGGAGCCCCACAGGCCGUGGAGUCCCACUGAAUCAGAGGGCCUGAACGCCAAGCGGCAUCGAGAUGACAGCCUCCUUCCGCUUGUCAUCCCCGUGUCUGUUCCAGUGCGGCGGCAGGAGCCCUCCUCUCCCGACAGAGACGACGCUGCCCUGACCUCCAGCUGGCACUCCAGGCCUUCAAACCCCCAGGACCUCGGCCGUGCUGACCACAAGCCCUCAGUCAUCGUCACCCGGAGACGCUCACUCAGGAACUCCUUGUCAGAGAGCUCAGAGCAGAAUGGAGGAACCGAAGGGGAGAAAGACGAUGACGGCAAAAAGUCCAAACGGCGUCCUCGGCCCGAGCCUCUUUUCAUCCCACCGCCCAAACCUGGCUUAUUCAUCGCCCCUCCCGUCUACUCCAGCAUCACACCCUACCAGAGCCACCUACGUUCCCCUGUCCGCCUCGCCGAAAACCCCCUCUCCAUUCCCCCUUACACACCUCCUCCAAUCCUCAGCCCCGUCCGCGAGGGCUCCGGCCUGUACUUCUCCACUUUCCUGUCGUCUGCUGCAGCCAGCAGUCAGGGCCUGCCGCCUCCUGCAACACCCAAAUCAGCAACACGCAGCCUGUUGCGCUCCAACAGCUGCGACAUCACACCACCCGUUCUAUCUGCUAUGAGCGAGGCCACUCCAGUCAGCAUAGAGCCACGGAUAAAUAUUGGGUCGCGGUACCAGGCGGAGGUGCCAGAGCUGAGGCAGUGGUCAGCUGUUGAGCUGGAUCAUCAUCGAGCAGAGCUGGUCUGGGCUCCACUCAGCGAACUAGAGGACAAACCUGAAUUCCAGCAGAAAGUGGAGGACCUCAUGCACAUGGCCUGCUCCAGUGUUUUGUGUGGAGGAGGCACCAACCAGGAGUUAGCCCACCAUUGUCUGUACGAGUGCAAAGGAGACAUUAUGGCUGCUCUGUCGCUCCUGAUGCUGAGGAAUCCAAUUUUCCCCAAAUCUCAUCAUCUGGCAAACUACCACUACUCAGGAUCAGACAGCUGGACGGCAGCUGAGAGACGCCAGUUCAACAAAGGCAUCGCUGCGUACAAGAAGGACUUCUUCAUGGUGCAGAAACAGGUGACCACUAAGUCAGUGGCGCAGUGUGUGGAGUUUUACUACACGUACAAGAAACACGUCAAGAUCGGCCGCAACGGGACGCUGAUCUACGGUGAGGCGGAGCCUGUUGAGAGCAAGACCAUCGAGGAGGAGACGGACCACAAGGGCUCUCACAGAUUGGAGCCACAGAGGGAGGAGGACAGCAGGAAGUGGGAGGGGUCAGCUGACAGGAAACCGGACGUCGGCCCCACCAUGACACACACGCUGCCGUCCGCAGAGAAUCCGGGAACCGUCCUGAUCAUGAAAGGCCAGGAGGACGUGGCGAGGGACCAGCCGCUGUCCCGAGUCAUCCACCCCCCUCAUCCACCCCCUCCCAGCUCCAAACCGCGCUUUGACGGCAACGCACGCCGAACCAGCCCUUCAACGGGCAACAAAGGCUCUGCUGGUCAGGAGGGAGAGUUCCCCUGCAAGAAAUGUGGCAGGAUUUUCUACAAGGUGAAGAGCCGCAGCGCCCACAUGAAGAGCCACGCCGAGCAGGAGAAGAAGGCCGCAGCGCUGCGGCAAAAAGAGGCCGAGGAACGAGCGGCGGCAAAAGCAGCCGCGGAGGCCGCGGCCGUCCUCGCCGCACGGCAGCAGAACGGGACACGACAGGUGGGCGGGGACAGCACCAACGACGACUCAUCUGACGGGGAGGACGAGGAUGAUGAGGACUGGCAGUAAGAGAAAGGCCGCUCGCACUGACUGCACCGAGCAGCGAGGCUUCUCUCUGAGACGGGAGACUUAAAAAAAAAAAAAAGAAAAGAAAAGAAGAAUCCCUCCUGUGAACUCUGUGUAUAUUUUGUGGAACUAGACUUCGGUUGCUUGGCACAUUCAGGGACAGAUUUACUCCCGUGUAUGUGUUCGUGAGUGUGACGACUGAGUGUGAGUGUGUAUGUGCUUUCCAGUACUCACCAACGCCCCCUUUACUCCGCUUGAAAAGCUUUUCAAGAGUUACCUCUCUUGGUCACAGGGCUCGGUCAAAUUUAAAGCCAUGCCGCCUCUCAUGGCGCUCUCCUGCUCUCCACGCCAGGCCGCGGCCUUCCUCAGCACUUCGAGUCUCGCCUUGAUGGGCGAGGAACUUGCUGGACCCCUUUUUUUGUCUCUCGAUGAGCACGCGCUUGCUUAAGCUGCAUCCCAACUGGAUGAAGUUUUGGCGAUUUGAACACUGAAAUCUGACAGCUGGGAGUGUGCAGCGAACGAACGGAUGGUUGUACUGUUGGUUUUUACGCUCCGCGAUGGGCAGAUGGAUGGAUGGCAUGUGCAAACUGUUGCCUUUGUUUCGCCCGCUCUUCUGCACUCAAGGCUGCCAAAAGCUUUCUCAGACGCAUGAUGUGUACCAAGUGGGUUUCCCCCCCUUCUCUGUGAGCGUUGUUCAUUCGGGCUUUAGUUCUGUGAAUCCCCCCCUUCAGCCCUCGUCACUUUUUACAGUUCCCAGUUUGUUCCUCA